ACUUAUUCUAAAAGUUUAAAUUUGAUUUCAGUGUCAUACUUCACAAAUUCAAAUAUGAAAUUUAUUUUGUUAUUGUUUUUGGUUGCCGCUGUAAGCGCCAGAUUGCCAUCUAGAGAAGACCUGGACUUAUUAGCAUCUCGACACCACAGCCAGGUCAUAUUACCGCCUCCAGGCAGCCUGGCCAAAUUGGCACCUCCAGAUAGUCUGGACAGAUUACCAUCUGGAGACAGAUGGCAUGAUUGGCAGGAGAUACCACUCAGAGUGAUUGAAUGUUAUUUACCCCCCGAGAAAGACUGCGAAAAUGUAGGUCUAGAUAGCUAUCUUGCUUGGACAUGGGACGUAACGAAGAAUCGUUGUGCAAACGUAGUUGCUCAUGGUGGUUGUGCUCGCACCAGAAAUAACUUUGGGAGCUUCCAACAGUGUUGGCAUCUCGCAGGACCAGUAUGUCAUAACCCAAUCCCAGUGGAGCCUUACGGACAUAAUAACUUCUAAAAGUAUAAAAUUUUUCUAGAUUUUUCAUUAUAUUUGACUUCUUGAUAUACAUUACGGAAAUAUUUUCUAAAAUACAAAUUCAUCAAAUUA